AUGGGCCAAAAACAUGGCGUUGACUCUAGAGGCAAAGGCGGUCAAGCUCCCGGUUCUUCAUCGAUGGAGUACAAACACUGCGUUGACUCUAGCGGUCUAGGCAAAGGAGAGAUCGUCCCGGGAGGGCCGUCGCCGUUCGAUGACUUGCCUGAGGAUUGCAUCCUUAAGAUAAUCUCUUUGACAAGUCCACGGGACGCUCGCAUCUCUGCUUUGGUUUCGAAAUCCUUUGCAUGUGCAGUCAAGUCAGAUAGUUUAUGGGAAAGGUUUCUUCCGUUAGAGUACGAAUCUUUGGUUCCUCCAUGGCGAGCUUUCUCAUCGAAGAAGGAGCUUUAUUUCACUCUUUGCUACGAUCCUGUUCUUAUUGAAGAUAGCAAAAAGAGCUUUUGGUUAGAGACAUCGAGUGGGAAAAAAUGUGUAAUGCUAGCUGCAACGGAACUGCGGAUCACGGAGGGAAAUAAUCCUGAGUAUAAUUGGCAAUGGAUUAAACUUGCUGAAUCUAGUUUUGAAAAGGUACCAGAGCUUCUCAAUGUUUGCGCUUUCGAGAUGGAUGGUAGUAUGAGUACACAAAUCCUAUCUUUAGGAACUCAUUACGCGGUUUACAUUGUGUACAAGAUAAAAGAUGAACGUCAUGGCUUACGAGACUUACCAAUACAAGUUGGUGUUGGAUUGAAAGGACAAGAAAUGCGUAAACGAUUCAUAUGCUUUGACGAGUCCACUGAUAAAUUCAAAAAGUGGCCAAAGAAGGAGCUAAUGAAAUCAAAGAAGAGAGGAGAUGGAUGGAUUGAGGCAGAGAUUGGGGAUUUCUUCAAUGAAGGAGGGUUAAUGUGUUAUGAUGAAAUUGACGUGAGUAUCGUAGACGUUGCUCCACGCCCGAAUCCAAAACGUGGUCUGGUUAUUGAAGGAAUUGAAUUCCGACCAAAGUAA